CACGUGGCCUCCUCGCGUACAAAUAGCUCGCGGUGGACUUUUUUUCCCCACUGAAGUGAAGUGAGAGAAGUGCGAUAAUCGGCCGAUAGCCGCCGUUGUCCGCCGUUGUCCGCCGCCGCUGUUCGCCUCAGCCACUCGGGACACUUACUAUCGCUGAGGGGACGCUCUCCUCACACAUUCACACGCUCGGUGCCUCGUACUGGACUUUUAUAAGAACUUCUGCGAAUUCCGUGGGACUGUUUUUUUCCAACCUAAGAUCAGUUUGUGCCAGGAGACAAGAUUCUGGGCUCACGGAGCGGUGACGAGAAUUCCUCAGACAUGAUGAUACGGCUGAAGCGAUAAUAAGCGGAAUAGUUCAUGUGUUGAAGGACAGGGCUGCAGAACUGGUCGUCGGCCCACGAAAGAACUUGCACGCCUUUCACAAGAGCCAGCAAGAAGAUAUCUGGAAGCUAUUCUGCUGCAGAUUUAUUUGGAAUAGGGAAAUACGUUUUCUAUUUGCUUCUAUAAAAGGGAAAGUGGAGUCAAAAUGUACCAGAGUUUGGCUUUAACCUCUAACCAGUCCCCUUAUGCCCAUGAAACCGGGAACUACAUGCACCCUUCAGCAAGCUCUCCAGUCUACGUGCCCACCACUCGGGUGCCCACCAUGUUGCAGACCAUCCCAUACCUGCAGACGUGCGACAGCACCCACCAAUCCCACGGCCUGGGAGGUCACCCCAGCUGGCCACAGACUGCCACGGAUGGCCCAUCCUUCACCCCAAACAGCCCACACCCACCACCGGGUUUCUCCUACUCACACAGUCCCCCAGUGAGCAGCAGCACAGGCCGGGAGGCAGCCUACCAAAGCCCACUGGUGCUGAGCGGCAGCAGCCGGGCAGAGCAGUACGGCGGGGCCCUGAUGCGCUCAGUCGGGGGGUCUUACUCAGGCCCCUACGCUGCCUAUAUGAGCCCGGACAUGGCGAGCUCCUGGAGCCCAGGACACUUCGACAGCAGCAUGAUCAGCUUCCAGGGUCGACAACCGAGCCUGCAGGGCAGGAGGUCAAGUCUCGACAUGCUGGACGAGCUGCCCGGGGAAGGACGCGAGUGUGUGAACUGCGGCUCCAUCUCCACGCCACUGUGGCGCAGAGACGGCACGGGACACUACCUGUGCAACGCGUGCGGCCUCUACCACAAGAUGAACGGCAUCAACAGGCCGCUCAUAAAGCCGCAGAAACGCCUGCAAUCUUCUUCCAGAAGGGCUGGUCUAUGUUGUACCAACUGUCACACCAGCACCACCACGCUGUGGCGUCGCAAUGCUGAUGGGGAACCCGUGUGCAAUGCUUGUGGGCUCUAUAUGAAGCUGCAUGGGGUGCCCAGACCACUGGCAAUGAAGAAGGAGGGCAUUCAGACUAGGAAAAGAAAACCGAAGAUGGCCAAAUCCAAAGGCUCAUCAGGAUCCUCCACCUCUGGCACCAGUUCCCCGUCCUCCCUGUCAGUCUCAGAAAGUGCUUCGACAAUAAAAAGCGAACCCAGCACAGUGCCGUCGCCCUAUGCCGGCCAAACCGUCGUGUCCAUUUCACAGGCUUCCUCACAGCUAGACAGCCUGAGCUCUGGACAAGCAGAAAUCAAAUAUGAAGACUUUCACUUCACAGCAACGUCCUCUGGGCCACAGAACUCGUGGUGUGCCCUGUCGCUGGCAUGAGCAACUGUACCCCACUCAGGCCCUACCCCCCCAGCAAGUUUCCCACAAUUACAGACUCAUGACAAAAACUACCUUUUAAUUUCUCCUCCAAAGGGAGAAUCUGAAAAAAAAAACAAUUGUGGCAACUGAUGAGAGUUUGUUUAAAGAAAUGUAGUAUUGGUUAAUGUCAAUGCUAUGUUUUGUUAUUUCUGUUGUGGAAACAUGGCAUUUUUAUGUGGUACAUGGUUGUGCGGAGACAGUCCUCAAGGUAUUAUAGAUUGUAAAUUGAAAGAAGAAAGAGCAACAAUUUAUUACCUCUGAACCUGGUUUAUUGUUUAAAUGUAAAUAAUUAACUUUCUGAAGAUGUAAUAUUUAUGUUAAAAUAAGGACAGUGCAAACAAAGUCAUGUGUGGUAAUAAUUAUGUUUG